AUGUCAACAGUAUUCCAUGCGUACCUAUUCUUGCUCCUGAUAGCUCUUUCGCUAGCUUUUCAUGACACUUAUAAGAAGAAAUAUGGCAAAAAACAUAAGCACAGUUCAUAUGAAGAUAAAGAAUCCGACAAAAAGCGAUUAUCUCAUGACGGCUCCCAUGAGUCUCAUGCUCUUGAUGAAUAUGAACACGAUAAAGGAGAUAAAGGAAAGAAAUCGGAAGGAUAUAAGAAGAGCUCCGAUGACAAACAUCGCAAGUCGGGAAAGAAGCACGAAAAAGAAGCCAGCAAGUUCAAGAAAACUGAUACGGAUUACAAGAAAGAUAAGUUUGAUGAGAAAACUAAAACGAGAGGCUAUUUCGAUUAUAAAUACGUCCAACCACAGUACAGUGUUGAGAAGUAUCAUGAAGAUGAAAAGCACAUGAAAAAGAAGAAAGGAGAUAAGUACGCAACAGGAAGCAAAAAGAAGGAGCAUGGCAAAAAGUUCAAGAAGGGCUAUGACAAAUUCAAGAAAGUCAAAGGAAAAGAUGGCAAGUACUACAAGAAGAAGAAGGAGCAGGAUAAGGACAAGAAGCAUAAAAAGGCAAGCUACAAAUCCAAGCACGGUUAGUU